AUGUCCGCCAGCGCCACAGCUUCCCGCAUCGCCAAGACCUUCACCCGCUCGCUCGCAGUGGCGAAGGACUCGACUCCCAAGUUCAUCCCGACAAAUCCGGGCCGGCGCAUCGAAGCUGGCUACCAGUCGAACAGGUGGGUGGCGACGAUCCCGCUCCAGCAGGAGGAGCUAGAGAGCUUGAAAAUCUCCGAACAAGACGGCCAAAUCACCAUCUCCGGCAACUACUGGGCCAGAGAGUGGCAGUCCAGCAUAUCCAUGCCUUACGACGCGAUAGAAGGCUCCCUCAAAGCCAGAAUCGACGGCGACACUCUUUUCAUUUCCGCGCUGGUCGACGAGCCGAGCGAAAGAGGAACAGAAAUUAAAAUCGAAAAAUUAUAA